AUGGUCUCAACGUCAAAGAAGACCAAUUCGGUCCAUAGCUUAAUCGCCCAUUUUUUGCAAGAAAACAAUUACCAUGAUACCUUGAAGCAAUUUGAAGAAGAACAUGGAAAACCAAUUGAAGCUCUGAAAUUGCCAACUUCAGAUGAAUCUCUAGAGGAAAUCGUUAAUGAUAGAAUCAAUUUCAACGAGUUGAACGCUCAAUUUGAGCAGGUGGAUCUCCAUGAAGAGUUGACAGCUGACAUGAAGCAGAUUGCUGCACAACAGCUUGAGCACUGGAAAGUGCCUUAUCCACAAAGUAUUGAAUUGUUAGUUUCACCACAGAUCAGUGCCUUGGCUAUAGAUUUGGCACUUGACAAAGAAAACGAUCUUGUGUUUGUCAGCACAAAUGAUUUCAGAUUGGUUGUGAUUGAGAUAGCAUCAGGCAGAAUUCUCUUGAAUGCAGCCAAUGUUUUGAAGAAAGUAGUUGUGAAGAAAAUACUAGUUCUUCCAAAGCAGAGAAUCGUGUUGGUAGGUAUGGAUGGAAAGUUCUAUAAUUUUGAGUACAGCCUAAAAGAAGGAUCAGUUACGUUGACAAAAUCCACGGAAUUUCAGGCUCACAAGCGAUUGGUCGUUGAUGCGAAGUAUAUUCAAUUUGAUGGCGAGGAGUACAUUGUAUCGUUGGGGUGGGAUUUCUUUAUCAAGGUAUUCAAAAUUGUAAAGGACGGGUUUGAAGUUACUUCAGAGUACAAGAUAUCCAGUCAGGGUACCUGUUUUGACGUUGUAGAGUACAAUAAGGAAUUGGUUAUUGUAGUUGGGAAGAACGAAAAUACCAUGUUGGAUGUCUUUGUGUUAGACAAGAGGGCGGAGUUGGCGUACAUCUAUAAGAUAUCGCUUAACGAUGCUGAAUUCUCGUCUUCCAGCUUCUCUCCACGGUGUUUGACUAUCCAGUAUUUUCACGAUUCCAUUCCUUUGAUAGCUGUCGGCACUUCUCAUGAACCAUUUAUGAGGUUAAUUGUAGUAUCAUUAAAGGAGUUGGCAGAAAUAGACAGAAAUGCUGAGCAGCCCACACCUAUCAAGAGAAACCAGAUCCUCAAGACUUUGAACACUUUGUCGCCACAAGAUCGUUAUUCACAGGCUGUCGUUACCUGGAGAGAAGCAAAUGGAAAGAGCAACGGUGUAUGGAUUGUAGGUGAAGAUGGUAUUAUUCGAGGCAUUGACUUGGUUGAAGAAAAAGUACAGGUUGAGUUGCAGGGACAUACAGGCAAAAUCAAGGGCUUCAUCUCGUUCCUGAAUAACAAGGGGAAGGAGGUUCUCAUAAGCAGUGGGCUCGACAAGGACAUCAAGAGGUUUACAUAG